GGCCAAAAUAUGGAUUAUAUGGAAAUGAAGAAAACAAGCAAUCCCAGAAUUUUGGGGAUGGAGAGAAGCUAAAAUGAACCUCUCAGGAGUUUGGAUGUGUAUUACAUCCUGACUUUGGGCCCCAGUAUCUGGGAUCUGUAAGACCCUCCUGCAGACUGUUUGCAUGAAUGAGUGAGCAGCAGAGCACAGAGCUCCUCAUUAGAGAGCUUGCAUCAUGACUUCAGUUGAGAAGCGCCGUUCGAGCAGAAAGAAUGGUAGCCGUCGAAAGCACAGCAAUGGCGGCUACCGCAGCACCUCCAGAGGCGGAUCCUUUGUGGACGAGACUGACCGUGAGGUAAGCAGUCUGACUGAUCGGGCAUUUAGGAGCCUUUGCAUUGGCGAGGAGGCAGUGUAUAAUGACUCGGACCUCUGCUCGUCAUCACCCGCCAUCCAGAGAGAUCGCCAGCAGGCCUUUGGUCAGAACAUCCAGCAGAGACAGAGGGAGCUGAUGAUGAGAAGAGAGGGAGAGGAGAACUUCAGUGUCAGGCUGCAACAGUAUGGCCAAGAUUGGAUCCAAGGAGGAAUGUAUGGGCCCCAGAUCCAGCAAAAUCCACAGUGGGGAGUCUACAGAGAUAACACUACACCAGGAACAGUUUCUGCCACAUUCCAGAACUCCUGUAUAGAAAUGUCGCAGCAAGAGAAAUCACCGAAGGAAGGACAGUUGUCCUUCCUUACUAACGGAGCCACUGAGUUGAGUUUGCAGCAACGAAGAAGCCACUCCAGGGUUUCAUCUCUUAUCAAGGCUUUUGACUCUGAGGGACACAGGGAUGGAACUGGGAUGGAUGGGAAAUAUAGGGAGUGGAGUGAUGAGCCAAGCUGGGACAAAUCAGCUCUGAUGAGCAUCCAGAGAGACCUUUCUGAAUUCUCUACAUCAUAUCAGCAAAAUUUUAAUAGUGGUCCUUUCCCCUCAGCUGGCCAGUUCUCAUCCCCAGAUACUAACUUCCAAUCCGCUGAAGUAGCCACAGCAGUGGCUCACAUGAAUGCCACAUCUUCUUACAUGAGGUCAUCCCACGCUAGACACAGCAUGUCUGCACACGUCAACUCUAAUUUUUUUAUGCACAGCGAGUUUAGUCCCUUUAAGACAUGGAGGGACCAUAACAGGUUUCCCUUCCAACACGGACAAAUGUCAGGGUUCAUGUACUGCUCAGAGUUUCCUAAAUGGUAUGAGACACCAAUGUACAAGGAGCUUUCACUGGAGGCCCAGCCAAAGGCUCCUUCUAGACCUCGGAGGAAUACCAUGCCACCCAUUGCUCCUCCUGCUCCUCCACGUGCUAUAUCGACAUCGUCAACACUGCAGAAACCCUCUUCCCUGGAGAAACGCUGCGAGUCUGAGCUGGUGGGACAUUAUCCCCACUGGAAACAGACACAGCACCUAGGGACAAACAGGCUUCCAUUGCAACGCCCAUCGACUGUGUCACCAAACACUGCUGUGUCUCAAAGUGUCCUAGACACUAUCAGCUCCAUCACCGCCCUCCAGCAAGGGAUCGCAAUGAUGACAACGGAGCCAAACAUCGCAGUCGCACCAGCAACAAAUCAACAAGCAGCUGUGUGUAAUGAUAAUCUAAUCCCCCCAAUGUGCAAUGAAGCCGCAGUCGUGCAAAAUAUUGUCAGCGGUAACACCAACGCAACUCCCUUCAACAUCAGCCAGCUGGUGACGCCUUUAAUCCACGCGCCGCAGGAAGCAGAGACGUCUGCAGUUCAGCAAUGUACUGUUUCACCACAACCUGUGGAACAUCCUCCAGUGCGGGCUGAGAGCAGGAGCGUCACUCCUGACGUUAGGAUGUCAAGUUACAGGUCCAGAGCCACGAACCUCCUCUUUAAUCUCAAAGACAACAGGAAGAGAGUGAAAAGCACCUACAGUCCGAGCAAAUUUAAAGGUCUGGAGAUGCAGGAGAAGAACAAGCAACACGUUAUUCAGGAAAGUACAGAUGUUGUGAUAGACAUCCCAGAUUUUCCCGAUCUAAAGGAAGCAGAAUCCACGUGGAAAUAUGCGAUAUCGCACCAGCAUUUAAAGCAGUAUCACAACCCUAAGUUGUCAUUUACGGGGCUAAAUUCUCAAACAGCUACAGGGCAAAAUUCAGGCUACACACAAAGUGAUUAUCAGACAGCUCAGGUGCAAGGUGAGACAUUUCGUCAUUCUGGGUUCACCGGCUUCAUACCUGAAAAUUACAGCAACAAUCAGCUGGCUAAUGGACAGAAUCUCCAUGAAGAUUUAUCGUCAUUUGCUCCCAAUAAACAAAGAGUGCCUGAUAAAGUAGAAAUACUGGGAGGCGAUGUAUGCAAACUUAAACCGCUUCACACAGCACCGGACACACUGAGACAAAACAACGAGAAGAACAAUCAAAUAAAAGAAUCUUUAAUGAGUACAGCAAAUGCUGAGCAACAUUUUAAUGAAACAAAUGGAUGGGCAUUCUCAAAGGCAGACAGAUCUCAGCAACUGAAAGAGAACAAACAUAAUUACAAUAAUGCACCUUUGCAAGAAUGGUGCAGGCUGCAGGUUAGUGCUGGCAACACAAACAAACAAGACACAGAAAUGCAAGGUGCAAAAACAACACCGAAAGAAGAAAUACCCGCUUUAAUGGGAAAACAAGAACAUGCUAAUUUAAAAUUUGUGUUAAAAGAGGAACUAAGUUCACCAACAGACAGAAACAAAGGAGAACAUCAGCCAGUUAUGAAUGCAAAAGAUGAGAACAUACAGGUGGCUGCAGCAGUAACGAAAAAAGUGGAAAGUUGCGAUAAAAAGGUCAGUCCGAAUACUUUAAACCAAGUACCACAACGUAUCCCACCUGUACUCAAAGAAAAUAUGGCCUACUAUGGGCAAAAGCAAACUGGAGUUUCAAAAGACAGACAUGCAGAUCUUCAAGAGUACUAUGGCCUCAGGGAGGAGAACAACAUUAAAGAGAAUAAUUUGAUACAGAAGUACAAUAUAAAUCAACAACCUUUUACUGGUAAGGGUGACAAAAUUAUACCCACACAAAAAACAGAUCAAAGAAAAGAUGCACCAACGCUAAAGGACAGUGAAGUCCAAAAUCCCCAACAAAACGAAAUGAGACAGUCUGAACACAAUUUGCAGAUGACUUCAUUGUCUGUUGCUGACAAAGCAACUGUGCUUGCAACAGUCCAGCAGAUGAAGGACAGACAACGCAAUGAGGUUAAAACUGAGGCGACAAAUACAGAACAGAUAAAAGACCUGGCAAAGGUUCAGCACCAGGAGAAACCUGAGGCAGAAUCGGCCAUGCUAAAUAUAACAGAGCCUGAACAGAACACAGCAAAAGAGACGAGAUCAGAUCCUGAAAUGACCAGUGAGACGCAAGCGGAAUUUUCCGAACGUGAACAACCCAGAGGACGACGAAAAGGAGAGGAAAAUACGGAAAGAUUCCGAGGAAAAGAGCCAGAUCAGCAGAGUGACGGGGAGAAAAAAGCAGAGCAGAAGAGAAUACAGAAAGAAACAGUGGAGCUGAGAAACCUGAUGGAGAUCGCAGGAGCAGAGAAAGUAAGAAAAGAGCUGCAGAUCAGAGCGGAACAAGCUGUGGUGAAGAGGCUAAAAGAGGAACAUACGAAAAAUGAAGCAGAAAAAAACAAGCAGGCCGGAACAGAGUGUAAUCAGACAGAGGAGACAAAAACAGCAAAGGUUGAAAGACAAGCACAACAAAUCAGACAGGAAUCAGAAGAAAAUAAGAAAGCAGAAGCAUUGACGCAAAAUGCGACAACAACCCCAGAGAAAACGAAAGACGAGCACAAAACAGCAAACGUAGUAGAAGUGGAAAAGAUCAAAGUAGAUGAUGUUAAAGAGCAUAAGGUCGAGGGAGAUUUAAUUCCAACACCUCAGAAACACGAAGAACAAGGCAAAAGUGAAAGAAAGAUAAAUAAAACCAAAGAGCCAAAAACUGAGGAGAGCUUGAAAGAAUCCAAAGCGGAACCAUUUAAAGGAGAUCUGAGAAAAACAGAGAGGGUGCAGGAAGCAUCAGUUCAGACAGUGGCAAAAGUAAUAUUAACAGAACCAAUAAAGAGUGGACCCGAUAAAGUCGCGCAGGUCAAGACGGAAUUAGCCAAAGCUAAAGCGGAGCUGGCUAAAAUAAAAGAGAAAAUGAGAGGAGAACAAAAAGUCAGAAAUACUUUCCUCCCAAAUGAAGAUUUCAACACAAACAAAGACAUUUCUUUAAAGGGUAACAUAAAUCAGAGCAAAGACACCAAAGACCAGACUGACGCCUCGCAAAUGGCUCAAAGGCAGGAACACACCGGUGUCAGCAAGUACAAUCACGUUCAGCCGGACAGGGGCGCCGACGACUACGAACGCCUGAGAGAGAAAUACGGUUUUGGCAACACACGUGCAAUGAAUAAAAUCAAAGUUUCUGCAGCUUUUUCCAACGAUAACAAAGCACCAGAUGUCUCUGCUGAAGGCGAGGCAGCGAGUGUCAUGAAAAUAACGGAUGACGCUCCUAAAAGCAGCAGCCCUGGAACAGCUAAAGCAGAAAAAAUCCAGGACACAGGUAGUGUUCAAGAUAACGAAGUGACAGAAAGUCAAUAUAUUUAUAGCGAGUCCUCCAAAGAAUUCAAACUGUCUACGAAUGCAGAUAAAACAACAGAUCGUAGCGGAAUCGUUGACAAAGUUAAGCAUGACAGUGUUGAAGAUCAGGACAAAUGUGAGAUUUCCCAGAAAAGUGAUUCUAAUUUGGCUAAACAGGUUGUCCUUGAGAGAAAGUCUAAAUCAAGUGAUCACAGUCUUAUUUCGAGUAAAGACCAGCAUUUUACUCCUCUCAGAAUGUUUCCCCACAAAGACAGAGCUCAGACGAAAGAAGAGAUCCUGACAUCCAAGAUAAAAGCUCACGCUGAAAAAGAGAUUUCAGCUAUUAAAGAGAAGAGGUUUGCUAUAAGAGAUGGAUUCCUGUCCAAAAAUUCCAUCAAACAUUUAGCGGGCGGUCAGAGUAUUAAUGUCCGACAGAGGCCAUCGUCACAGGAUGCGUCUAAAAGACAUGAAGGUGCAGCGUGCAGUAACGUUACACCCAAACACCAGAUAGAGCCUUCAGGGGUGCAAACAGAACCAGACAAAUCCUUUGCACAUUCAACUUCUGCAGCCACAGCAACAAAGUCUGCAGCAACUGUCAGUAUGUUACAAGACUGUUUACAGAUACAAGCGCCCACAGAACCACUGAAGGGCAAAAACACAGAACCGCCCACAGAAGCCAAAUGUUCCAGACGUCUUUCUUCAAAACCAGUUCAAUCAGAAAUAAAGUUGCUAAAUCACAAUAAUGAACAGGCAGAAGAAAAACAAGCUGUAAGCUAUGGAGAAAAGUGUCAUAGGAAAGAGGACGGAACUGUAAUAAAUGCACAGAAACAGGAUCCAACCCAAUUUAAUACAAAGGGCAAACCUGAAAUGGCAUCAAGAGCUGAGAUUAAACAAGAAAAAGAUCAGAAGGCUACAGAACCAUCGCCGGAAAGUGACUGUCUACAGAUCAUGGGAAUAAUGGUGACUAUUCGAGAACGAAAACCAUCAGUGAGAGACGCGCAGGCAGAUAAAAGCACCCAAGUACAACCGAAAGAGGGCACCGAGGCAGAGCCGAGCUCAGGAACAGAAAAAGACAAAGAAAACAAAUCUCCAAAAAAUUCCAGCAAUCAAUUUGUUGUGAUCACUGGGGAACAAAUAAUCACUCAGCCGAAGAGUUCACAAAAUAAAAGAACCCAAACAGAGGCCCCGACUGAAAGUGACCAUCCCCAUGCACUCACUGUGCCGACUAAAAAUAAAGUGUCGUCUGAAACUCUACCCCUCCUGUGUGGAGAUGAAGUAAAAAACAAAACUGAAGAUGACAAAUAUAAAACCCCUGAUGAGGACUUGAAGAAGAACAACAAGAAUGCUCUAGUUGAGAUGAUCACAGAAGAGAAAAAUCAGAGUAAAACUCAAACUGAGAAUUUGGAGGCCGAGGUGUUAAACAUGGGAACUAAAUGUCUUCAUGCUUCCAACGCAGAUGAUUAUGGAAGUCUAAUAAAACAUGAUGUGCAGCAAAUGGGGGUAGGAGAUAUGACAAAAACGGUCACAAAUUCUUACAAAAGCAGUAGCUCAGAUGGACAGAGUGCGCCUCUCUUGGAGGAAAAUAGGAACAACACAACAUUGUCACAGCCAUCCAACAAAAAUAACCUCUAUCAGCACCAGAGUGAACACGCUGGAAAGAUUAACCCCAGAGAUGAUAACCUCCAUAUAGAUAGCAUCGCCAUUAAGGUUGUGCCAGCAGAAACCCAGAAAGACAACUUGAGAAUGGUGGAAAACGAUCACAUCAUGAAUACCGCUGCUGGUUUGAAAGCGGCUAAUGAGCAGGAGCAACAUGAAACAUCAGUUGACCAUGUGAACAAUGAACACGUUAUUCCAGUGAGCAGCGAGAAGGGGAGAAAAGAGAGUCUGGAAGACAAACAGGAGGUGAGAAAAGAGUCAGAGUCAUCAAAAACCACAGACUCCAACAAUGAUGUCAUUGCAAGUAGUGGCGAUGGUAAAGCUGAAAACAGAACAUCUGAUGAAGAGAAGAAACUUGGACCAGCAGUGGAUGAAUCACAGCCGACAGAGGAAGAUUACUUCCAAGUGCAAGGAGUAAGAGGAGCAAGCGGUAGUGGAAAUGUUGGACAGGUAUCAGAUGCACCCCCGCAGAGAAUGGGACUUUCAGGAGCACCACCCAACAAGACCAUCAUCGACACUGAGUCUAGUAUGGAAUUAAUACCUGAAGUUAUUUCACUGGUUGAACGCAAGAAAACCGUGGACACAUUUUCAGAAAAAGUCCACCAAGAAAAUGUAACAAGAAAAACCAGGGGAAUAAACAAUAAUGCAUCUUUGAAGCCAAGUGACAGUCCUUCAGAGAGACAGAGCGACAAGUGUGAUGUAGACUUGGGUCAGGCUAUAAAAAAACAGAAAGUGGAAAACCAAUCUGGUUUGUAUGCAAACAGAAGACAAAGCAAGAGAACCCCAAGAGAAAAUACUGCUCCAGAAACACCUGAAGAUAAACCAAAACCAAAAGAGAGGGUAACAACUAUCCCUGAAAUCUCUGCAAUAGCAGACUAUGCCAGAUUAAAAGUAAUUGUUUCGGAAGAUCGAGAAAAUGAAUUUCAGGAAUUCCCUCCAAACAAAAAGGAAGGAUUUUUCCCAUUAAUUCAAACUCGUCACAGCAGAUGUCCUGUGUUUACCACUGAUGUCAAAGAAGUGAGCGUGAAACAGAAAAAUCCUCCAAAUAAGGUUGAGGUCAAAGUAAACAAGAAGCCCAAAGCAAUUGUGUUUUCAACAAUGGAGAAAGAACACAGACAGACUGGGAUGUUCAAACUGGGUGAGAAAGGAGGACAAGAGAAAAUGUCUCCACACGUCGAGGAUAACAAAGUCGAUUUUGACCCUGGAGCUCAACAAGACCUCAAACACAAAUCACCAACAGCACAUUUUAAAAGUGAAGAAGCCCAGGCAGUUACACAAAGUAUUCAUCAGAUAACAAACCCUCUGGCACACUCACAAACAUCAUCUUCAGACAAGCCAAGAAAAAGUUUGCAACAGUCGCUUGAUAGCGUCAGUUCACAGGAGAAACCAGCAGAAUUACCCCAGAGAGACAAAGAAAUAUUGCAUGUCGAUAAACUGUCUCAUCAACGAGUCGCCUCAAUGCCAACGUGCAAGAUGGACAGACACACAACAACCCCACAAAAAGAUGCAACAGGAGAAAAACGACAGCAUACAGCAGCCAGCACCGAGCAAGAGGAAAUACGUGAGACAUGGCACGAAGAAACCACAGAGAAACAUCGAGAGGAAGAGCAAGAGGAGAAAAAAGGAAGGGAGAAGGAAAAGGAGAGAGAGAGGAGCAGAGUGUCUCAGGCCGAAAAUGACAGGAGAGCUGCUCAGAGAGAAGAGGAGAGAAGAGCGAGAGAGAGGGAGGCUGCAGCCGCCAAGAUCAAGGAGAGGCGGGAAAAACAAAGGGAAGAGGAGAUCAAAGCAAAGGAAGAAAGAAAAGCAAAGCAGGUCGAGGAGGAAAAGAAGGCAAGAGAAAGAGAAGAGAAGAGGAGGAUAAGAGAAGCUGAGGAGAAGAGAACAAAAGUCCUGGAGGAAGAAAGGAGGCGAAAACAAGUUGAGGAGGAAGAAAGGAGGCGAAAACAAGUUGUAGAGGAAGAAAGGAGGCGAAAACAAGUUGUAGAGGAAGAAAGGAGGCGAAAACAAGUUGAGGAAGAAGAAAGGAGGCGAAAACAUGUUGAGGAGCAAAUGAGAGCAAAACUGAGAGAAGAGGAAAGUAGAAUAAAAGAGUUUGAGAAGAGAAGGCAAGUGAAGCAGAUGGAGGAGAGGAGAGCUGCCCGAGAAGAGGAGCAGAGGAGAGCUGAGAAUGAAAGACAAGCCAGGCAGAAGGAGGAGGAGAAAAGGAUUCAAGAGAUCCAGGAGAGGACAAAACCCACUCAGAGUGAGGAACAGAGGAAAGAUGGACAGAAAAGAGAAGGAUGGACAGCGUCAAAGAAAGCUGAUGAGGAGCAACAAGCUGCUGAAAAAGAGAAAACAAGAAGAAAACAAAAAGAGCAGCAAGUGAAGGAAAUCAAGAAGGAGGGGCUCCUUCAGGAAGAGGAGACGAGGGCAGCACAAGCCCAAAUACUCUCCCAAGGAGAUGGUGAGGCUCAAAAGAAAGAGGAAGAAAAGUUAGAGCAAACAGAGGAAGAACAAGCCUCAACGAUAGAGGAGCAGAGAGGAGCAGCACAAAGGAUGGAUGUUCUCCAGUACUAUGCAAUCACCACAGAAGAAGAGAAGAAACCCAAAAACAAACCUUCACCCUCUCAGCAAAUAAACAAUAUCCUUGGUUUAGAGUCAGCUGAGGAUUUUGGAUCUGGUAGUAGGCCUCAUCGGCCGUACACCCCGGUUUCUCCAGCUCCUCCAACUCCCUGCCGCUCCAACAACUCCUCUCCUGCACUAGGUGUCAAGCCUUCCAUGUUCAGGGUGAAGGACAACACCAUCAGAGGUUCAUCUCUUACAAAAUCCAUCAAACCACGUUUCUAUAAAAACUUUGGAGAAGAUUCCCGACCUGGUUCAUCCCUGGAAUUGGAUAAAGGAGAAGAGGACCAGGAAGUACUGAGGCACAGCAUUGGAACUCCUGUCCAUCCUGAUAUUGUAUCUCCAGGAUUCAACAGACAAUCUGCUCUGAAAGAAUCCCCGACACGUCCAUCGGGAUCUUCAUCAAAGGUCUACUCAGCCCUGCUCCCACAACACAGACCCUACUCCAGGAGGAGCAUCGCUGUGGAUGAGGACAACUCCCGCUCUGUCUUCAGCAACAUGUCUGAGGGGGUGGAGACUUUUGUAACCAGUGCUACAGACAUGGCAGAUGUACGUGGACUGUACGAGUAUGACAGGCCAGAAUCAGCGUGCAGCUUCAGCAGUGACGCCUCCCGCUCUUUAGGGAAACCUCCAGCUGUUCCCCCAAAGAGCGAGAAAGCCUUACGCAGGGCACAAAGGUUGACUACACGAAGGAUGAAGAAGGAGUCGCUGUCCAAAGCUGCAACGGAAAGCCCCCCUGGAGAUGAUAAAAAUCUCCUUACUGCUUCUGGAGUUCCUUACUCUUCCACUGAGGUACGCUCCUCCAACUGCCAUAUCAUGGCUUCCCCUCAUUGCUCUCCUCCUGUCUCCCUCGCUCAUGCACCAGCAUUAGGAUCCAGUUUGUCAUCUUUUCACGCAGAGCAACAAUCCCCUCACAGCUCCUUCUAUGCCUCCCAUCAUGCUGCUGCUCCUGUCUCACUUCCUGUUGUCUUGCCUCAUGCCACUGGCGCUAUCUUCACCCCUAUCGCCUCACCGCAUGCCGCUGCUCCUAUUGCUCUCCCUGUUGCUUCCCCUCAUGUCACCGGCCCUGUUUCCCAACCUGUUGUUCCAAAGACAGUUACUCAUGUUCCCUCUUCUCCCACUCUUCACCAAACCAACCAAUCAGCCCCGGUGACCCAGUACCAAGUGGAAUCAAGCUAUGGCCACUCCUUCCCACUGACCCAACGUAAAGUGCUGCAGGACCUUGGCUCUGGUCAGUACUUUGUAGUCGACAUGCCAGUUCCAGUGAAAACAAAGAUGUUUUAUGACCCUGAGACAGGGAAGUAUGUGCAGUUGAAUGUACGUGAAUCUGUCCAGAGUGGCACCCGAGCGCAGUCCCAGCAUGCCCACAUUCAGCCGCACCCCCAAAUGCAGGUCACGCAGCUACAGCAGAGCAUCUCCCAGACCUCUCCUGCUGGCAAGCCUGUUGUACUCUCCCAAAACUACCAACACCCUUACCCCCACCCAGCUGCUGUCUCCAAAAUGCCCCCGCACAGGUCGCCCUCAGGGAUGUCGCCCCCUGCUGCUCCACCACAGGAUCCACGGCUCGCUGGAGAGAGCCACAUCUACAGAUAUCAAGCUCCCGAAAUGGGGCAGAACUCUGAGGAGCACACGCCGUACAUGGACACAGUUAAUGAUAAAGACAAAACGCAUAACCCGGUUUACAACACACAUGGCUCAUAUGAGUCGUUCCCCGAGCGUGACACAAACAGCCAGCUUGCAAGAAGCGCCGUGUGUGAAAAUGAUAACUCAGCCCACUCACGAUAUCGGCCCCGUAGCAUCAUUACAAUGAGAGAACUGGAGGAUUUUAUGGAUGUGUCUGACUGGUGAGAACACAGACCGGCCACUUUGACUUUUAGAGGUUGAACAAAGUAAAGCUGACAAACAGAUUGUUUGACAAAAUGAUCAAAUGCAGAGUACGCUUGGAUUAUUAUAUAUUCAAUGUCUGUAAAAAAAAAAAAAAAAAAAAAACUUUUUCAAGUGAGAAAAAGAAUGCUGUUUGGUCUGGAGUUGCCUUUCAUGAAAAAAGUCUCUCAGAUGAGCUGCUGUUGUGAUUGAGAUUUAAAAUGUAAAGCUGUUUAUUGGGUCACAGAGAUGUUCACCAUUCCAUUUGACUUUUUGAUUGUGAGAUGCUAAUUUUAAUGUGUAUGCAGCACAGUGAGUAAACAAAGAAAAGAUUUAUGAAACAGUAUAACAAUGUCACAACAUAGGGUAGUGGGCAAAAGUUUUAUGCAUCCUAGAAUUUUGAUAGCAGGGUUGUGUUUAAAUAUGUAGCACCUUUUGAUUUAAAAAAAAAAAAACUUUGACAAAUUUUACUUUGUGUUGAAAAUGAGUCUUUAUAAAGCACUUUUAUUUCUGUGGUAUAUCGCAGAAUUACAGCUAAAUGUAUUUCUGGUAAAGUAUUUAUUUUGGAGGAUUCCGUGACAAACAUAGUGAGUUUGCUCUGUGAGAUCUUGCAGAUGGCAUGAAAAAGGAAGCGCAUGUGGGCAUGCACAAGGUUUGAAGUUCAUGCUGCAGUUGGUGUAAACUGGAAAUUUAGAUAACAGACUUCCAAUGAAAAAUAUAUAUCAAGUCUAAUAAAGCUAUGAUAAAGUGUUAACCUCACCACUGACUCAUUUUGGCAAACAUUUUAGCUGCUGCUAAAGAUUUUACUGACAACUGACAGCAAAUCCAUGUGAGUGUUGUUUUACUUGUCCAGCAGAUAUCUGCACAGGUAAGACAAUGCAAGCAACCCCCAAAAAGCAUAUUUUCCUAUGCCCUGACACGGAAAGGGUGUCAGACCAUCUUUUCACUGUAUUUUAACUCAUGUGGGUCAAAAUCCUAAAUUGUUUCCAGAUAAGGCAAAUUUUGAUCAUAUUGGUGAUAUAAUAUUGUACAUCCUUUGUUUCAAU